GUGGUGCUCCUAUCCGGCCCAGCCCAUCGCUGCACCGCCGCUGUGUCUCUGUCUGUCUCUGUCCUCCUGCAGUGAGUCCUCACACAGAGACAACAACACUACCACCUCACAUCCAGAGGACUAGCAGAGCUACAGCCAGGUUUAUAUCUACUGCUGCGGAUGCUUUAUAUCGACAUUACACCUACUGGCGACCAACUGCGGCAAGAUGUACCACUCUGACCACGGCGUUGACUUCCCUGACCUCUCCUUCCAAAUCCCUGGCAGCCCUGCAGAGCUGGGCCCAGCUAACAGAGAGUGAACACAACCCUCAACAAGCCACACAUCAACCUUCACCUUCACCCACACAGGGCCUCCCUCUCUACCUCCAGUCCCUCCCUCCCUCCCUCCUGGACCAUGGACAGCCCUCCUAAGCUGUCAGGCGAGACCCUGAUCGUGCAUCACAUCCCCCUGGUGCACUGCCAGGUGUCAGGGCGGCGGCAGGGCGGCUGCGGAGCCUCGCUGAAGAGAAACAACCCGUUCAUCCCACCGGAGAACCUUGGCUUGAGUCGCACCACUUCCCUCCCCGAGAGAGACGUCCUUCAGAGAGAGGCUCUGCUCUACAGCAGCCUGAUCCAUACCUCCAGCGGCUCCUGGGCCUCCCACAACGGAGUGAGAGAGAGGAAGGUUACCGGGAGGGGAGGCAGCACGGCGAGCGAUGAUUCAUCGUUCACCUCGAGUAAUUCGGAGGACCAGCUGAUUGCGGCGCACACGUUACCCAGAGCCAAACCGAGGAACAGGAAUCCGUUACGUCAUAAUCCGUUCCUGUUGAAUACUGAAGACGAGGAUGAAGAGGAGGAGGAGGAUGGCGACAACAACCUCAGUGGUUACCUCGAAGACUCCUCUUUUCACCUCCACAGUGACACUGGCUGUGCCCUCGAUGACGGGUUGGCUCCUUUCCACCUACACGACCUCGGCUUUGCUUCAGAGCCCUUUCUCUUGCACCGGUCGGUGGGUGGAAGCAGUCGGGAGUCCCUGAGGGCGGUUGCCUCGGACCUCUCCACCCACCUGGAGGACCUGGACAUUCUCGGACUGGACAGCCAGCUGCGCCUCGGCAGCAGCGGCUCCAACAUGUCCAUGGAUUGCGGAGAGCAAGACUGGGGCGAUGACGAUGGAGAGGAUGAAGAUCACCCAAUGAGGUGUGGGCGUAGCUCCUCCAGCUCCUCCACGCAGCACUGCUCCUGCUGCGCCCUCUCCCAGCACUACCCUCAGCACUUCCCCGAGGCCUUCUCGGAGCCUUUCUCGGAGUGCCAGCAGGGCUACGGCAGCGACUCUUCCUGCAACAGCUCGGACGGCGUGCUCGUGAACUUCAGCGCCAUUUACAACAAGAUGAACAACAGUAUUCCGGAGAAGCCGCCGUCCUCCGGGCACACCAACCUCAACAGCUCCACGGACCACUCCUGCACCUCGUCUGUUUCCGAUCCACAAGGAAACAAGCGAGACUCAACCGGAGGCGCUUUCUAUCUGGACCUUCACACCUCCCCGACUGAACCUCCCGUAUCCCAGCUACAACCCUCCUGCCUCGGCAGCGCCUUCCCUCUCAUCCGUGAACCUCACCUGUCCACCUCCUCCACCUGCUCCUGUGCCGUGGAGCACCAGGGGGCUCUUGACCUCGACGCCAACUGCAACUCGUACCACCCUCCGCAUUCUGGGUCGUCCGGAGACCUCGCUUCCUGUCUGCAGAGUGAGGCGCGUCUGGUCGUCGCUACCCAGAACUACUACAAGCUGGUGACCUGCGACCUGUCAUCCCAGUCGUCCCCGAGCCCCGCGGGCUCCUCGGUCAACAGCUGCUCCGAUGAGCACAGCAAAGGCAGCCCCACCCCGACCCAGCCCCACGAGUACUUCCUUUUCAGGCAGAGAGCCGAUGAGGAGGGUGUGGAAGAAGAAGACGAAGAUGGAGAGUCAUCUAGGCGAGAUGAUGACGAUGAUGAUGAUGAGGAAGAGGACGAGGAGGAGGACGAGGAGAAGAAGAAGAAUCAGCAGGCAGCUGGUGGGGCCGAUGCUGCUGCUGCUGCUGCCGCCGUGAUUGAAGGCCAGGUGUACGUCAACAUCUCCCCUCCCGUGGUCGGCCGCGGUGUUAUCGGAGCUCCCUCAGGAAGCCGUCCCCGCUCUCGCAGCUACGACCGCAACCUGGACAAGUCUCCGUCCCCUCGGAUCGGAUCUCUGGAGCGCAUGUUGAGCUGCCCCGUCCGGCUCAGCGAGGGCGCCGGCACGACCACGACCCCGCCUCCUCCUCCGCGAGUCACCUCCUUCGCAGAGAUCGCAAGAAGCAAACGGAGAAACGGAGGUUCGGGGAGUUCGCCGUCGCAGAAGGCGGCUGCAGAUCCGUUCUCCUCCACGUACUCCACCCACUCCCACUCCUCUGUGGAUUUCUCUCCCAUCCCAGAGCAGCGUGUGGAGGGUGACAGCCACAGCCUGUCACCUGUACCCUUUACCAGAUGUUACAGUCAAGGCAGCAUCGAGCGACACCUGGAGGGGGCGAGGGAGACCAGGGCCAAGGCUGAAGGUGGCCUCUCAACUUCCUCAGACAGCCGCCCGGCGGUGGUCCGCUACAGUAAGGACCAGCGGCCCACCACCCUCCCCAUCCAGCCCUUCACCUUCCACCACCAGUUCGCCUCCAAACCCCCGCAGCCCAAACCUCUGCUGCCCCGGCUCACGGGCUACGUCUCUGGGAUGCAGGCCCGCUCCAGCUCCGGCUCCGGUUCCGGUUCUGGCUCUGGCUCUGGCUCUGGAGGUGCGGUGGGGGAGGACAGUGAAGAUGCAGCUGAAAAUGUACACAGGUACCAGGGGACUCUGGCUGCAGCAGCCCCUCCACCUGGAUCAGUUCGACCCUCGCCUCUCGGGAGCUACUCCCCGGUGCGGCUGCAGGGGGCGCCCAGCUCUGGUACCUGCUCAACCUGCACCCCGAGCCCUCAGCCGUCACACAGCCUCUCCUGCCCACUCUCAGCAGGCCUCGCCCCCCUGCACACCCCACCGACAGGGAAGCAGGGAUCGGGUUCAGCACCGCUACCGACUACCCCUCCACCUCCAUCCCUGGGGGCCAAGAGAGGCACGGUGCCGCCAAUGCUGCCGGCGGUGCAGGGACACUGUUUCCAUCGUGGAGCUCUGCCCAGUUUACCAGCUCUCAACAGCGACAUGCUGAGCCCGCUGGGCUGUGAGAACUCUGGGAAUCAUGUGGAGGGAAACACAGGAUCUGGAGCCAGGACACAUAAUGCACACCACCUCUCCCCCCAGGCUCUCAAAUGGAGGGAGUACCGUCGUCGAAACCCUCUGGGCUUGGAGAGGCUCUCGGGGAGCCACUCUUCUGCAGGAUCAGGCUCCCUCUCUGGUAACCCGGAACCCAGACGGGGCGGGGGAUCACGACCUGCCAGACGGAACGUGUUUGAUUUCCCUUCGGUCCCCUCCGGCCACGCGCUGGGACGGCUCAACGCAGUGGGCCAAUCAACCAAGCUGCAGCAAAUCUACAGCGACUUCCUGCCGGACUACUUCUCCAUGACCGAGAAGCCUCCGGAGGAGUUCUGCCUCUCCCCCGACGCGUCAACGUCCUCUUCCUCCUCCUCUUCCUCACAGUCCCACAUCUCUGUGGACCUGAUGCAGAAGAGAGGUUUGGUGAAAGCCGUGAACACAGCAGUGGAUCUGAUCGUGGCACACUUCGGCACCAGUCGAGACCCGGAUGUAAAGGCCAAGCUGGGGAACAGCUGGGUGAGUCCCAACGUGGGUCACCUCAUCCUGAAGUACCUGUGCCCGGCCCUGCAUGAGGUGCUGCAGGACGGCCUGAAGGCCUACGUGCUGGACCUGAUCAUCGGACAGCGGCGUUGUCAGCCCUGGAGCCUGGUGGAGGCCUCCACACAGCUGGGCCCGUCCACACGUGUCCUCCACAGCCUGUUCUCAAAGGUGAGCCAGUACUCUGAGCUCAGCAGCCACAGCAUGAGACUCAACGCCUUCAUCUUCGGCCUGCUCAACCUAAAAUCUUUGGAGUUCUGGUUCAAUCACCUCUACACACAUGAAGAUAUUAUAGCAGCACACUACAGCCCAUGGGGUUUCCUCCCCCUGUCGCAGGGGGCGUGCCAGCCGCUCUUUGAGGAGCUCCUCCUCCUGCUGCAGCCUCUGUCGCUGCUUCCGUUUGACUUAGACCUGCUGUUCGAGCCGCACCUCCUCCAGAAGGGCCAGGAGCAUCUCCGCCGCAAGGAGCAGCUGUGCUCCGCGGGCCAGAGCGUCGACCAGUCCACUCGCUCCACCUUCCAGCUCAUGAGGGGAUGGAGCACCACUGUGAGCGAGAUGGUCAGAGACUCAGAGGGGAAGAAAGAGAGGGCGCCGCUGAGACGAGAGGGAACAUGGCCGAGGAUGGAGGGGGUCGGGGCGAGAAGAGAGGGAGCGGGAGGGAAGCUGAGGUUGAGGAGCGAGGGGGAAGAGACCGAGACAGCCGGGUCCGUUAGUAGACCGGCAACGCUGGAGGUAGGGUUCGCCAAUCUCUGGAAGGAGAGGGGGAUAAUGAGUGGACAGAGAAUGAAAGGCGUAGGACAAGAGAGCCAAGGAGAAGGUGAGGAUGGACAGGAGAAGGACAGGAAGAAGGAAAAAGAGGUGGAGGAGGGGCGUCAGCGGCAAGAGAGACAGGCGGGCUGGUGGUACCAGCUCAUGCAGUCCUCCCAGGUUUACAUCGACCAAUCCACAGAGGGGUCGAAGUUUGUCAAGACUGAGAAAAGGAGGAGGUCAUCAGAGAGACGACAGAACCAGCUGCCGCCCACCAGAGAGGGAGUGGUGGAGGGGGCCGAGUCCAGCCAGGACGGGGAGGGCUAUAGAAGCAGGAAAAGCAGCAGCAGCUCUAGCGGGGAGUCAGCUGGAUCCAGGGGGAGGAGGCCUUCAUGGAUGGGCAGCCCGCCAGACUCUGUUCUCACCCAGGAGAAAGACGCAAAACCUCAGGAGGCUGCAGGGACUGGAGCUCAAGCUGCAGCCCAGGAGGAGAGCCCCUCACAGGGACAGAGUCUGCGCUGGGGCCGGCUCUUUGGAUCGAGCGUUGGUGCUCCUCUCAGGAUGGAGGCAGCCGAACAGAAGGCAAAAGCUCAAAAGACCAGGCCGCCGUCAGGUUGGCUUUCUCUGGACAGGUCUGUUCUCGACCUCGUAGCUCAGACUAUUGGAGCGGGGAGCGGGAAGAAGGCAGAGCCUCCGGCCACACCCACUCACACCCAAACCACACUCCCACCAACAUCAACCCAACCAACUGAAGCCAGACAACACUCUCCAUGUGAAGUACGAGCGUUGUGCCACCACAUAGCCACCGAGCCCGGCCAGCUGAGCUUCAACAAGGGCGACAUCCUGCGGGUCCUGAGCAAGGCCGACCCGGACUGGCUGCUGUGCUCCCUGGGCUCCACCCGGGGCUUGGUCCCCAUCAUCUAUGUCACCCUCAAAGGCAUGGAGGACAGCCAGGACGCCGGUGGACUCGGACAGUGUUGAGCCAAGAGGAAUUAAUGCAAGAUGAAGGCAAAGGAGACAGACAGUAUCGCUGCCACUGAAACCUGUUUCUGAGAGAACUGUAUGAAAAAAAAACAUUGUAGAAAACAUAUGCAGAUGAUGUACAGACACAUGCGAGAGAAGCAUGCACAAACUCACACAUCUACUUCAAGGGUACAUCCAGACAAAGUAUGCAUGCAUACAUCCAAAAACCAAAAGACCAGACGAGAAACCCAAAGACACUCCGACACUUCUCUCUCUGCCUGAAGCGGCGCUUCUACUAGCUUAGCUACGUGACUGUGCGGUCUCUAUAUCAUCCAUCUCUACAUGCGUCAAAACAAGGAGGCGCUGAUCACAGAUGGUGAACUUCACAAUAUGAUAAUAUAACAUGCCUAGCUGCACUUUGCUGUACUGUCUAUACGCUCACCUCGCUGUGCCACACUCUGAACACAGUCGAACGCCGGGGUCCGUUUCAUGUCCUGUUGCUUACUUGGUGACGGUUGAUCUUUUAGUGAAUCUUUGCUUUUUAUGGUAAGAUUUAAGGUGGUUGAUGUAGAAGCAAAAAAAA